AUGGGGAACAUCUGGGUGAUUGUGGGGAGCAUCCCACAUGAUGGCGGACGGCCCAAACUCCAGCAUGCCCUCGGAAAAGACGGGUUUGACCUCGUCUGCAGCUGCCAGGCCUGCAGAGAGUGGACAGGCCAGGAGCUGCGGGCGCUGGACAUGAGCAGCGCGUUAGAUGGAAGUCAGAGCACAGCCAACGAUUCGACGUGUCGGCUACCAGCAAGUGACAACGGCUUUUGGGAGGCUGAGGAGAAACCAGUGCCAUGA